UCUUUCUUUCCUUCUUUUUUUUCUCUUUCUCUUGGAACUUGAGACUAUGGUGGGACUGACUGCUUUGCUUGGGAUUGGGUACGGACGUACGUAAUGGACGGUGGGUAGAGUGAGCAAACAAACAAGUAAGCAAGGCAGGCUUUCUGGGGGAUGAAGAUCUCGUUAGACAGGGUCACCGUGUAGCGAGAGAGGGAAGGAUAUACGCAGGCCUAUGGAAUACUCCCUGUCUAGAUGCAAAGCUGAGGUCUGGUUAUGAGUGGAAAGGUCUCGAGCGUAUAUGUGCUGUGAACUUCUUAGCUAGGUUUCACUUCUACUCUGUAUAUGCAUCAACGAAGAGAGGACAUGGUGCGGAUGCUAUCGAACAAGUCAUGUACUCCGUACCAGAUAGCAACCAAUGCUGACGGUCGGCGCGCGGAGUCUCCGCCGGCGCUUAGUCACCAGAGACGCCGCCGAGGCGCGUGCAACGUGCGAUUGAUCGUGAGUGGCAGCUCUCCAGAUGUGGUCCAAGCCAAUGUUUCGUGGUGGAGUGAACCAUGGCAUUGUAGGGUUGACCUACCGGAAGUCGUUCCAGCCACGACUAGUCGCGUGCAUACAUGGACAGUCAUGAGGCCAUUGGGAUGGAUUUCGUCAUGGCCAAACAGCAGACUUUGGCAAUCAAGGAUCGGCGGGCUAACAUGCCACUCGAUCCGAGAGGCCCCUGUUGAUCGUCGAGAUGCACGGCGCAUGCAUGGCAAUAUCGACAGACAGACAGACAGACGGACAGACAGAGUGGUGAGAGGGGUGAGAGGAAUGGAGUACGUGGUAGGUGCAGGCUUGCACAGCCAGCAAGCUAUGUAUAGGGAUGCAACAAAAUAGAUCAAGGCUGUGGUGGUUGGAGGCGGCUGUGCCCCAAGCGUGGGAAAGAUGGGGAUGGGCUGCGCGGUAGGGCAAGACGGGGGGCCCGCGCGGGCGCGAUACACCGCAAUCUCAGGCAGAUCGCAGGCGUCGCGGCUG